AUGGUUGCACCCGGACCAAGGAAAGUCGUCAAAGACCCAAAGGACAAGAAGCCUGCUGCCGCACCCGCUCAUGCCUCAUACAAAGAUAUGAUCAAGGAAGCCAUCCUGAACCUUAAGGAACGCAAUGGUAGCAGCCGACAAGCCAUCAAGAAGUAUGUCAAGGCAAACAACAACAUCACUGUCACCUCCGAGACGCAGUUCGAUUCUCUUUUCAACAAGGCAUUGAAGACUGGUGUCGAGAAGGGUGAUUUCCAACAGCCCAAGGGUCCCUCGGGUCCAGUGAAGCUGGCAAAGAAGGAAGCCAAGCCUGCUGAGAAGAAGGCCGUCAAGGUUCGUCGCACUGUGCUCAUUGUCGGCCCUAGUCUCCUAACACCUGUGAAGAAGGAGAAGGCCCCCAAGGAAGCCAAAGAGGCCAAAGAGGCCAAACCCAAGGCUCCCAAGACCAAGACUGUCGCUAAACCCAAGACGGCCGCCACCAAAGCAAAGAAAGCCGCUGCUCCGAAGAAGGCCGCCACCGCCGCUAAGCCCAAGGCCAACACUGCUACUAAGAGAGCACCCAAGACCAAGACAAAGGCCGAGGCACCGGCACCUGCUGUUACCGAUGCUCCCCCGGCCUUGAAGAAGACCAAGUCAGGACGAGUGACCAAGCCAAAGACCACCACAGCCACCAAGAAGGCCGCCCCGAAGAAAGCUGCCACAACGAAGAAAGCCGCCGCGCCCAAGGCCUCAGCGGCAGCGGCCUAA